AUAGCGACGAAAUCCUUGUAGGCGUUUGCCUCUGAUCCAUCUCUCUCGGUCAUCCAUUGCCUCGUCUUCUCUCCCGCAGACGAGCACUUAGACUAUCGGCCCUUCGAUCCAGCAUAUCCUCAUUGUCUCGGCAGAAACCACCCCCGACUUCCUCAUCUCGCGCUCUCCCCCCCCCACCCGUCACAAUGUCUGAGGAUCCCAAAUACGACGACAUCCAGUCCGACUCCGACUCUGGAGAGUCCAUCGACGCCCAUGACAACGUCGAGAACACCGAAGAGAAGACGCUCAAGCCGGCCCUCAAGAAGUCCAACCCCGCCAUCCCCAACCAGGCGGCCGUAAAACCUCCGCUGCCCCCGCAGACCGACCCCAAAGACCUCGAUGUGUCCGUCUUGACACCCCUCACGCCUGAGAUUAUUGCUCGCCAGGCCACCAUCAACAUCGGCACCAUCGGCCACGUCGCUCACGGAAAGUCCACCGUUGUCAAGGCCAUCUCCGGCGUCCAGACUGUUCGAUUCAAGAACGAGCUGAUCCGAAACAUCACCAUCAAGCUGGGAUACGCCAAUGCCAAGAUCUACCAGUGCGACAACGCCGCGUGCCCUCGUCCGGGCUGCUACCGAAGCUACGGAAGUGAGAAGGAGGUUGACCCUCCUUGCGAGAGAGAUGGCUGCGGUGGUACCUACAGAUUGCUCCGACACGUCUCAUUUGUCGACUGCCCUGGUCACGAUAUUCUCAUGAGCACCAUGUUGUCAGGAGCUGCCGUCAUGGACGCUGCUCUUCUCCUCAUUGCAGGCAACGAAUCCUGCCCUCAGCCCCAGACAUCCGAGCAUUUGGCCGCCAUUGAGAUUAUGAAGCUGGAGAACAUCAUCAUUCUGCAGAACAAGGUCGACCUGAUGAGAGAAGAGGUCACUCAGCAGCACUAUGAGUCGAUCCUCAAGUUCAUCCGUGGAACCGUUGCCGAGAAGUCCCCGGUCAUCCCCAUCUCCGCUCAGCUCAAGGUCAACGUGGAUGCUGUCCUUGACGCCAUUGUCAACACCAUCCCCGUGCCCGUCCGAGACCUCUCCAUGGAGCCCCGCAUGAUCAUCAUCCGUUCUUUCGACGUCAACAAGCCCGGUGCCGAAAUUGAUGACCUCAAGGGUGGUGUUGCUGGUGGCAGUAUCCUGCACGGUGUUCUUAAGCUGGGAGACGAGAUCGAAAUUCGCCCCGGUAUCGUCUCACGCGACAACAGCGGUGCCCUCAAGUGCGCCCCUCUCUUCAGCAGAGUCAUUUCCCUCAACUCCGAGGGCAACGACCUCAAGUACGCCGUGCCCGGUGGCCUGAUUGGUGUCGGUACCCAGAUCGACCCUACCCUCUGCCGUGCCGAUCGUCUCGUCGGUUUCGUCCUGGGUCUCAAGGGCAAGCUGCCCGAUAUCUACAGCGAGAUUGAGAUCAACUUCUACCUGCUCCGACGUCUGCUUGGUGUCAAGACGGCCGAUGGCAAGCAGGCCAAGGUCGCCAAGCUGGCCAAGAACGAGGUCAUCAUGGUCAACAUUGGCUCCACGUCCACUGGUGCCAAGGUCGCUGCCAUCAAGAACGACGCUGCUAAGCUGGUCUUGACCAGCCCCGUCUGCACAGAUAUUGGCGAGAAGGUGGCUCUCAGCCGACGUAUCGACAAGCACUGGCGUCUUAUUGGAUGGGCUACGAUUGCUGCUGGUGUGACUCUGGAGCCCAGCUCGGCAUAAACGUGCAUGCUCUAUCGAAAAAGCUUGUCUACGAAGUGAUGUUUCUUUAUGUAAGUCAAGUUCGGACGCUUGCUCCUUACUAGGGGCGUAGAUCACAACAAGAUGAUGUGUCCUUAUUGGCAUAUCUUGCAGCGUGUGGAGACGGGAGAUUAAGCUGGAGGAAGCACUCAGUCUCAAAGACAGCAAACAAGCUGUAGUCUGGGAUUUCACCGCGGGUCCUCCCAAGGUUUAGGUAGCGGCGUCAGUGGACAUGGAGCUAUAAGGCUAGAGAGGGUUUCACACCAUUCGGGGGCGAUAUGUUUGGUGACGGCAGCGUGUGAAAGAGGGCAUGAGCGUCUGGAGAAGAAGGCGAUGAACAAAAAAGUACAAACCCCCCUGCAUGGCCUCCAACUUGGCCACGUGCUGCUUCAGUUCCUGAUCCGUCAUGCCGUCGAGCGCUUCGUCCGUCGUCUGGCAGAGAUGCUUGGCCGCUACCAGGUCCAGCUCUGGUUGCGGCGGCGGUCCUUUCCUCCUCUUGGAUGUUGACGUCUUGCCUUGAGAGUCUACCGAUGUAGAUGAAGCGUUUCCAUCGCUUUGCUUCAGCCUUGCCGUCGACCGCAAGUCGCUCGAUCCCCUAGGCGAUGUCGCGGGGAUGUUGAGCGACGGCAGCACGAGCUUCUUCUGUUUUGACGCCGGGAGGAUCUCGUCCAAGUCUACAGGCACACCGAGCGAGACGAGGAACAAGCGGCGGGUGCGCGACCGGAUCCAAUCGGGAGGCGCGAGGGGCGGAGGAGCGACGAGCUGAGACCACAGCGAGGCGGAGCGUGGGGUCAGGAAGAUUGAUGAAUCUUUGGGUAGUUGUGGGAAGGU